AAUAGACAAGACUCACUGUACAUGUACAUGUACAUUAGCAGCUGUCAAACUUUAACUCGUAGUACCACAUAAACCUCUUCUUCUCUUCCUGUUUCCUCCAUUAUUACUUGUAGAUAUAUCGGAGUGUGUUGAUACUAAAAGGUUCUAAAUCAUCUCAUACUCAAGACGAUAUGACGGAUUUGGCCCUGCCCACUUCCUGUUCUGAGGAUGAAGGAGAGACUGAUGAAGGGAAAGUCCCUCGGGCGGAGUCUCGUGGUGAUAUCAUUCAAUUUUAUAAUAAAGUAUUUAUCGACCAACUUAAAGAUUUCGUAUUAAAGUUCUCGGAUGAGUCUAAUGAAUUGUUACUGUCUCCUCUUCCUGUUAUAAAGAGAGCGGCUAUGUCACCACGGAAACUGGCAAAAGGACAUCAAAUAUUCAUAUCACCUCUUAAAGAUAGUCAAUCUGCUUUAUCUCCACUUGCUAAAACUUUUGUAGUCAGUAAAAGUCCAGCAUCAGAGUUUCAAGAGUUAAAUAAUGUGAUAGGUUCAUCAGUGAAUAGGAUUACUUGUAAGAGGAAGUUGGACUGUACAUUAGUAUGUACCAGUCCUGGUAUUAAUAGUCCUGCUAAGAGGAGUAACAUUGAGGUAACUAUGGACUCAUCAGUAUGUACUGCAGUAUGUACCACUGGACACUUUAAGUACUUGUUAAUAGUCUCAAUGUGUAGUAGUAUCCUCCAGUGUUUGUUUAUGAAUGGUAUCAUUAUGAGCCUGCAGCAUAGCAACAUGUAGUUACAUGUACAUGAAUGUAAUGUUGUUAUUGUAAUGAACACAUCUUUUCUAUUAC